AUGUUAAUUCUUAAAAAUGUGGAACAUACUAUUUUGUUAAAAAUUGUUAAAAGAUCAUUUUCUAGAAAUGUAAAUAACAACAAGUUCGUUAUAAAACCUUCAUCCUUAAGGAUAAGGAGUGAUAAAAAUAAUUUUAAUGAUAUAAUAAAUAAGUAUUUUCCUAAUCGGAUACUAAAAAAAAGAAAGCAGCAAGAUGAGUACAUCAAAAUGAAUGACAAAAAUGAAGAAAAGGAUAAAAAAUAUUAUCUUACAUCAAAAAUUGAGAGGAGAUUAAAAAUGGAAAAGGUUAAUGACCAAAGUAAUAUUUCAUUUUAUAAUGUUAUCCCUAGCGAUAAAAAUAAGAACAAUUAUUUCUUAGAUAGUUACAAUAAUAUAAAUAUUGUUGAUAAUACAAAUAUUGGUGAUAAUACAAAUAUUGGUGAUAAUAUAAAUAUUGGUGAUAAUAUAAAUAUUGGUGAUAAUAUAAAUAUUGGUGAUAAUAUAAAUAUUGGUGAUAAUAUAAAUAUUGGUGAUAAUACAAAUAUUAAUUUGUUUGGUUAUGAUAUGACAAGUCACCAGGUACGUGUCGAAGAAAAGGAAAAUAACCUAACAAGAGAUAAUAAGAAGAAUGUACUCGAAAUAACAAAGGAAGAACAUGAUAUUCAGAAAUAUAAAAACAAAUUACAUAAGAAAAUAUGGAUUUUAUUAAAAAGAAAAAGUAAUGAUAAAGAGUUUGAACAUUAUUAUAAUAUGUUAGAAAAGUAUCCAUUAAAAGAUGAAGUAUCUUAUUCAAUAUUAUUACAUGGGAAACUUUUAAUAUCAAAAAAAAAAAAGGAUAAUGUGGAGAAUUAUUAUGAUAUUAUAAAAGAAUGUUUUAAAAUACUUAACGAGAUGAAAGUUAAAAAAGUACAUCCUUCUUUAGUUAGAUUUAAUGAAAAAUUAGUACUCUCUUAUUAUGAAUUAAUAAAAUUAAAUGUACAUCCUUCAUAUAAACAGUGGAUGAAAAUUUUAAGAACAGUGUGGUUUGUAUCAGCCUUAGUAAAAGCUAGGAGACAGAAAUUUAUUUUAAGAAAAAUGAAAAAAAACAAAAAUAAAAAUUCGGUUUCCUUGGAUAAUUUUAAUGGCACGUUUAAUAUACAUAACUUGGAAUCUCUCUACGUGGAAAAUAGGGAUCCCCUGUUAGCUAAUAAUGUGCAGCAAGGAAUUUAA